CUCAGUGUACGAUAUACAGCGGUGCAGGAGAUACUCGUGUAUCCCCGGCCCGGCGCCCCGUGUUGUAUUGGCGCUUCCACUUCACACUGUUCUGUAAUAUUUCAUGGAGGAGGACUUAAUUUCUGGUGUGUAGAAACGAGUUAUCUAUGUGUUGUUCGCUAAUCUGCCCAGGAUCGUUGGAAAUUAGUGAGAUUUGAGUCAGUUUUACCUUAGUGUUGGCUGGCUCGCGACUGGACCACCCCGUCCGAAUACUUCUGUCGCGGUCCUUGGCACCGAUUUCGGAUUGGGCUUUCGGUGUCCAGUCGUCAGUUAUACGGUGAAACGCAGUGUUUUGUUGGUGUAGAAGGAACACAGUGACGUAUUUCACGGCGAAAACUGGACCCAGGGCUUGUGUGACCAGGGAUUUAACGAGAGAACGUACUUUAGUCAGUGUUCGAUUCCUCCCCCCGCCUGACUCGGCACGAACGGGGACUGGCACCGGCGUCGGCUCCGCCUUCUACCACCGACGACAGAGUGUGAUGGUGUGGGCGUGACGAUGGACCUCCCUCGCGACUCCUCCCUUCGGGGCCGCGGGCUGAUGGGCGGUCGGUCACCAACUCCCCAAUCUUCGCUGAUACAAACACUCGUCUCUCCCAAGAUGGACCAUUCACCCACCAGUCCUCACUAUGUUACUGGUUCUCCUUUACUGGGCGAGUCUCCCUCGGGCAUUCCUCGCUCCCCCGUCUCGCCCAUGGGCAUCCUGGUCAAGAGUGAGCCCCCCGUGUCCCCAUCGGGCACCUCAGAGUUCCAAGUGAAGCCCAAAAAGCCGCGUAGUGACGGGGAGCGGGUCGAAUGGGCACCCUCGCCCGGGGGCAUGAGCCUCGACUCCCUCUCUCCUCCUCCCCAAGGCUCCAAUGGCAUCGGGAGCUCAAUGGGACACCCCUCGAGCGGCAUGUCCCCGAUGUCCACCUCCAGCUACGACCCCAGCUCUCCCUACCUCUCCAAAUCAGGUAUGUUAUUCUACACAUCUCACCUGAGGCGGGAGCAGGACAGGUAAGGGUGGGGAGGCAAGGCUCAGAUGCAAAGGGUAUGUAUGUUGUGCUUCAAUCUGGGUCAAAGGUGUGUGUGUGUGUGUGUGUGUGUGUGUGUGUGUGUGUGUGUGUGUGUGCAGAUGAAACAAGUCACAGUGAAUGAUUGGAACAAAGAACAGAAAGGACAGGGAGUUUCCUGGCAUUAUUUAUUAUUUUUUUUCAUGUUCUUGUUUCUUUUUAUCGUUGCAAAUAAGUAAAAAGUGAAAACCAGAGCGGAAAUUGGGCGACGUAAUUCCUUUUCUCGUUCCUUUUUUUUUUUUUUUCCUUAAUUUUUCGUGGCAAUGAAGUCUCGCUUGAUAUAUAUAUAUUUUUUUUUCUUUAGUUUUCGCCCUAAUUUUGUAUACAGUAUUUUUAUUUGCUGGAGAGGAAUGACGAGAUGGUAUUAGUGCGUGUGUAUAUAUGUGUGUGUGUGUGUGCGUGUAUGUGUGUAGUGGUUGCAGUAGUAGUAGUAGUAGUAGUAAUAGUAGUAGUAGUUGAUAUUGUUCCGUGUAUUUUAUGUCAGCGGUUAUUUUUUUCCUGGAAUUUUUUUUUUGAAUUCAUCUCAUCUUUAUCUUGAUUUAGCUUUCAUCUCUCCCCUCACUCUCUAACUUUUUUUCUUUCUUUGUUCGUUCAGAGAGAGAGAGAGAGAGAGAGAGAGAGAGAGAGAGAGAGAGAGAGAGAGAGAGAGAGAGAGAGAGAGAGAGAGAGAGAAUUCUACGAACAAAACAAUAUAGAUAUAACGUGCAUGCCCCUUGUUUAAAACCUCUACUUAGUUCAUUUGCCAAGUCUCACCUGCAAAAUUGUUAUUUACACGAGAGGAUAAAUUAAAGUGUCCCAUAAAUUUCUUACGGGGAAUAAUUCACAAGUGUUUCUUGAUAAUGGCCCAGAUACUGCAGCUUGUGACGAGAAUAGCCGGCGUAAGCGGAUCUUAUUUACUUAGCACUUGAUUUACAAAGCAGGAUCUUAUGUUUAUGAAGGAAAACGAGGUCGAUUAACGCAGACAGCCUCAAGUACAACAAACAUUGUGGAGGGAUUGGUGUCCACGGCAGCGCCAGAUGUUAGGAGCGGCUUAUGUGAGAUCUGGUUAGCAAUAGAGUGGUGAAUUGCAGUUUAGUUGAUAGUGACCUUACACUCGGUGAGGUUUAGUCAGUAUUACAUCAGCCUGGCUCUUCAAACUGGGACUUUCCUCACUUAGUCCACUCAGAACUUUGUUUAAUUGCUUAUCUUUACAGUGACGUCAUCCACAGAUGCGCAAAUACUUAGUUAAUUGCGAACUAUGAUAAAGAUUUUUAAAGAUGUAUAGUUUGGUGAUAUUUCUCUUUAUGUUUAUAUACAUUUUUGUCGAAUGUUAUAGGUAAUUGACAAUCUCUAAUUUCUAUUUGGUUUUCUUUAGACAAGUGUUUUGGGAUUAGAGUAUUGAACAGAUUACUUUCCCUUUCACUGCAAACUUACACAGAAGAGUCGCUCUUAUGAAAAGGUGUAUUGUAAGGUAUAAUUUUUAAUAUACCGUGUACCUUCACAAAUUAGUUUAAUAAUUUAUUCUCCUUUGUUGUCAAGUCGAAAUUAUACAUUGUACUACAAGUGAGAAUUAGAGUUUUAAAAUUCUAAAGGAAAUACCGGAAGGAAAAGUUUAAGCCCUUAAUGAUUCAUAACUUCCAACGAAAUAUCAUAAACACACUUCUUCAGUCCUAGAGUUCCCUCGUAAGCCUGUUCAUCUGUCGAAAUUAUAAACUGUACUGCAAAAGACAACUACACUCUUUCAAAGCGUAGAGGAAAUACCUGAAAGAAAAGCAUAGGCACUGAAUGAGUCAUAACCUCCCACGAAAUAACAUAAAUGCCUUCACCCAAUCCCAGAGUCCCCACGUAAACCUUCUCAUCGGUCUGAUCCCCAGCUGAUUGUACCAACUGCUGAUCUAACACCACUCGAUCCCAGACACCAUUCACGCAGCCAAUCCCCGCCAGGCCCCGCGAAGCACAUCAGCCACGCCCUCCCAGUUCAUCGCCGCGGAUUACGGGCCUGGGAAGGUAGAGGGGCUGCCGCGGCUCCCGAGGCCUAACACCAUUGUCAACGGGGAGGUAAAAAGGGAGAUUAAAAUGCCUGUGCUGAGAAAAGAACGCCAAGGCUCGCAGUGUGAAGAGAAUUGUGCCUUCUUUACCACUACUGCUGCUGUUGUUGGUGCUGCUAUUACUACUACUACUACUACUACUACUACUACUACUACUACUACUACUACUACUACUACUACUACUACUACUACUACUACUUCUACUACAACCACCUUUCCACUGCUACUCGUACGCUCCUCAGUAGGGUAACAGUGAGGAGUGCAGGUAGGGGCUCCGUGACGUGCCCUUCGCCCCGUACUCGUACCCAAAGGAUGAUUCUGACGCCACAUUCCAGCCCCGCAUACCAGCACGUCCGGUUCACACACACACACACACACACACACACACACACACACACACACACACACACACACACA